AUGGUGUGCCGAGCGGUGGCGCAGUUUUUGCUGGAGAAGCCCUUGUUCCAGAUGGGGUGCGGGAUCCUCCUGGGACUUAUCGUUCCGGUCGUGGCAAGGCUUGCAGGAAACAACGAUCCCAACGAGAACCAGAUCUCGCACGUCUUCGGGCAAGAUUCCAUUUGCGUGGCCAUGGACUUCCCGGGCUGGGUGGAGGUUGCCACCGUCAUGUUUUUUUUUGCUGGCCUGCUUCAUUCCUAUGCUAUGAUCAAAGUGUACCAGCACUGCAAGAGUGAGUGGAAGGCAGAGAGUAGCAAACGAUGCCUCCUGGCAUUCGUGGCCUUCGAGAUACUGUGCGUGAACUGCUUCUGGAUGGUUGGCCUGUUUAGCCCUGUAUUGGACCACAGCGUCGGCCAAGUCUUUGCACACACUAUUCCGUUCAUCGUCUUCCAGUUCUUUUUCUUCUUUUGGGUGAUCUUCCUGAUGGCCUUCGUGCCCCCAAAAGACGUGAGCAAGAUUCGUGCAGUGGCGUGGUACUGCAUCAGCCUGGGCUACGUGACCUUGCAGCUCUUUCAGCUCGGGAUGAUCUUUUACACGCUGGCGUUGCUGGCCCAGCCUGGCGUUGAGACUUCUGGGCCAAAUCGCUUCAAAGGCCCGCUGGCAACUGAACAUGCUGCACUCCAAGCUCUUGAGCCCAUCAGCCUCUUCGGCCGCCUCACCUGCCUCUGCCUGCAUCCCUUCCGCUUGCCUCGCCUUGAGAAUCCGAAGGUCCCCCAGGCUGACGCGGUGACCGACUUCAAGACCGAGGAAGCUUAG